UUUCCAGGCUUAGUUUGGGUCAAGCUGAUCACAGACCAACAUGGCCUUCUGAAUGACUCAUACCCUUGCCCUCCUGUGCCAUCUCCAGAGUCUCAGACACAGUAGGGGUCAAGUAGCCCACUAGCCCAUAUUGGAGAGAUGUCAAGACAUUGCCAUCCUCCACCACUCCAAUAUCCCAGUCCUGCCUUGGCCAGUCAAUUUGCCUCAGUUUUCCAUGAGUGAUCCAGAACUCUGUUGGUCUGUACCAUUAUCGUGUUCCCAGGCCCAUAAAGCAUCAAGCAGUCUGGGCACUAUCCCUGACUACUGAGAUGCUAAUACCAUCACUGCCUGGACCAGUACAUUUUCUAGUCAGAGUCAAUCAUACCAUACCAGCCUGGUGAGAGCUCGAGAUUCUUUCUGCUGCUGGUGUACUAAUACUCCUAAGCCCAGCUUCAGUCACACGGCCUGUACUCGAGCCAACCUCCUGAGUGACCCAGACCUUGCACUCUUGUGCCAUCUGACCAGUCUCUAGCCCAGCUAAGGUCAAUCUGCCUGCUCACCAGACAUAACUGGUAAGUGAUAAAAACAACCCUGCCCUUGCACACUAUACACCAUAGCUUGGGUCACAGCACUUAUACACCGAUCUUGGCCUGCUGAGUCGCCUAUAACCCCGCCUAUCUGCAACAUUAACACACUCUGAGACCUAGCUUGGGCUACAUCUUCCUAUGUCAACUACACAGCACCAAUGUAACCUGGGGUCAAGGUAGCUGCUCAUUAGCUUACCCUGGUAUGUGAUCAAGACUAAGCUCUCCCUGACCAUCCUAACUGGAUCCCAGUACUGGUUAUGAUCCAGUAGCCUGGGAAUAAGAACAGCUUUGUAUUAGUAAUCAAGGAGAUCCACUCCUGCACCAUCCCCAUACUUCCUGUCCCAGCUCUGGCCAGGCAGCUUUCCCAUCAGCCCAGUCUAGCGAGUGCAUUCCACUUCACAUUCACAGGCCAAGAUAUGUACUCAGUGUGUUAUCCUGUGUGCUCAGCCCAUUUAAGCUUAAUAUGCCUUUAAGAAUGUAUGUAAUUUUGCCCCUUGGAGCUGGAAGUACAACUCUUGGGAUCCUUGGAGGCUUCUGAGCUGGUGGUAGAGGUGACUGGAAAGGUCAAAGUGACAUGACCAGGCUAUCUCUGUUCUCCCGUCUCUACCCUGCACAAUGACUUCUUUCCUCCAAAAGAAAAGUUUUGAAAAGAGCCCCUAGAGCUAGUAGCUGCCUCAUGGCCUUGCAUUCUCUAGAAAGCAGAAGCCUGGGGUGGCUACUCUGCCUUCAGGCUACACUGCUGAUCUAUCUGCCACCCAGAUGCAUCCCUUCUUUAUCCUUGCAGCCACCAUGAGAGGCGAGAUCAGUGCUGCCGCUACAUUCAUCUCGAAGUUCCUCAGCACCAAGGGCCUCAGGAGCGAACAACAGCUGCAGACCUUCAGCCAGAGCCUGCAGGAGCUACUGGAAGAGCAUUACAAACAUCACUGGUUUCCAGAGAAGCCCUGCAAGGGAUCGGGCUACAGGUGUCUUCGCAUCAAUCAUAAGAUGGAUCCUCUGAUUGGACAGGCAGCCCAGCAGAUUGGACUGAGCAGUCAGGAGCUGUUCAGGCUUCUCCCAUGUGAGCUCACACUCUGGGUGGAUCCCUAUGAAGUGUCCUACAGGAUUGGGGAGGAUGGCUCCAUCUGUGUGCUGUAUGAAGCCUUUCCAGCGGGAGGUACUUCUCAAAGUGGCACCAAAGAGCAAAUGGGAGAUAGCAGAGUCGGCUGCAAGGAGAAAACUCUAUUGGGCAGAGCAAGCCCUUCUCAAAACUACAAUAUGAUGACUGUGUUGGGUUAAGACACAGUCUAUGGAUGGGUCAUCUUAUACGGAGAAAUUUGAUUUUUGCUUGGGGUGGGAUCCUCUUGGGGAUGGAUUAUGGAAUUUAAACCAUGUCACAGCUGUGAAGACCUGGCAUAAGAUAGAGUGGUAAUAUUUUUUUUAUGUGAGUUUGCUAUAGCUUGGACAGUACCUUUCAAUGAUUUUCUAGCUUGUGAGUUGAAGGACACAACCACUUCAUUUGCUAGGUAGUGAAAUCGUAGGUUGGUUUCAAUUUCUCCUAGACUUUAUAACUAUAUUGUCACAUUAGUCCCCUUAAGAAAAAUUUACAUUUAAUUUAAUUCUACAUUUUAUGUGUAUGAGUGAUUUGCUGAAUGUAUG